CUCUUUCUCUUUUUCUUUAGUAUCGUGCACGGUGUCACGGCAGUAGGACGGUCUGCGAUCGCGGUGGUGAUUCUUCGGUAAAGGGCAACGACUUGCAAAGUGAAAAUAAUGUCUCCUUAUGCACGUCGUGCGGAGUCACGGUGAACAGUGCGAAGCAUAAUCUGUUCGAAGGUUUAGCACGGAUAUUCCUCGAAGAGGAAACGUGGGUACGUCACAACAGCCAAGUUGGAAAUGCAUUGAAGGAAAGUUUAAGAAGGAGCAAUGGAGGACGAGCCACGGGAUACCUGUUUCGCGGCAGGAAGCGUGGCAGGGGCUGUGAUCGGUACUUUCCUUACAACGAUUCUCUUGCUGCUGGUUGCGGCGCUCCUUUACAGACAAUGGCGUAGGCACAAGGGAAAACACUUGGUACUAGUGACAGACCCAGAAAUCGUCGAAGAAGCUUACGCCUUCGACAAUCCUUGCUUCAAGGAUGUCACAAUUUCGUCGACUAAUCGAACUCGGGAGGGAGCAAUAUCUCUGACACCUGAAGAUACUUCAGGUAAAGAUGCUGUGCGAUGGUCUACUUCUUGGACGUCCUUGGGGCUGGGUUCAAGUAACCGCAACGAUAAACGAAAAACCCUCGAUGAUUCGUGCCUUGGUUUGAAGACUACAAGAAUCAAUGUAGUUAGUUUGAAAAGUCGGGACUUCACAGGACUAGGAUUCAAUAUUUGCGGUAAUAUGAGAGAGGGAAUCUUUGUUAAAGACCUCCUACACCGUGGCCCUGCAUCGGAGUCCGGUCGAAUACAUCCAGGUGAUCGUAUAGCCAGUGUAAAAAUCAGUUUUCAGAAUAUGGUAUACGAGGAUGCGUUAACAAUUUUAAGCUACGCUUCGCCAUACGAUGUGAAACUCGAGGUAGAAAGUGGAGGUAUCGGAUCGAAGCCGACGACACUUUUGAAAAAAAACGUUGGUCCUAGCGCGACAAGAAUUUGCCAUCCUCUGUACAGAAGUCAGUCAAUUCCAGAAUUGUCGCAGUCGAAGAACGUUGCAAAAAGACUGUUCAUAGUCGAUCCGAACGAGUCGACAAAUUCCAACUACUCGACGAUGAACUCGACGUUGAAAUCGUCCAAAUCUACGCCAAGUAGCCAGACAUUCGAGAAACGUCACAACGAAUUUCGAAGCAAUCACCAUAAAUUUGGUAUCAAAGUUUUACCCGCCCUCGACGGAACCGUCCAGCGUAUCGAGAAUCAAAACGAGCAUAAUACAAACCUCGAGAGAAGACACUCGAAGAGAUUGGACGCGGAGAAGCAUCUUGCGAACGUUAACAAAAUUUCUUUAGCCAGCGAUAAAAAGGAGGAAGCCCAGCGACAGCAGAGUUCGCAAAUAUUGCACGCUCCUAAAGAGAAGAACGAACACGUGGAAGUGUGUACCGCUGAUACGUUAGACAAAAGUGGGAAAAUCGGCGGAGACGCGUCAAUUCACAUUCCUUCGGAGGUGCCGGCAGAAGUGCACAACGCAGCUAUGGCUGCGCGCAGAAAUCGGAAGAACAGUUCGGAGUUGCUGAAUCCUCAGAAGAAUAUCGAGUCUAUCGAGACGGAAGAACCAAAAAGUCAACAGAAGAGCAAAAGAAAAGCUCCUCCGCCGCCGAAAAGUAGCAACAACGACGUCGAACACGUCUCGUUUCCGAAGAAGGAUUCACCCUUGACGAGAGAGUACGAUUCGAAGAGGGAGGAUAAAAUCAGCAGCAUUGCCGAUUACACGGAAUCUAUGCCGGCGGAACACGCGAACAAAACGCGAGAAAGUACAGAGAACGUAGAUCCGCACGUGGAACCAAAAAUGGAAACUUUGAUAAUCGACGCAAGACACUCUGAAUCCGACACAGACAGCGAGAUACAGAACAGUUUUACGACCAUCGAGUUGAAUUCGGCUGAUAUCACGAUUCAUCGAACACCCGUGCCCGAGACAAACGACGAGGACGAGGAAGACGACGUUUACAGGAAAGCAGCAAGCUUAGGCGAUCUGUCCAAGUACGAAUGUAGAACGUCGACGACACUCGAAAGAGCGCAAAGUUUGGACAUGACUGAUACCGGAACGAAGAAACGCAAAGCACCUCUACCACCGGAGGACAUUAACGAAUCCACGGAAGAUUUGACUAAGCUCGAUCGAAUAGACACGUUCGACAGACGAUUGUUGAAGAAGUCAAGCGACUGGGGGAACUUAGAGGACGUCGUUUGGUACAAAAAGCAGGAUUCGGAGAAUAAGUCAAAAAAGUCGAGAGUUAGGAAGAAGAGCAACGGUUCGCUCGAACGAUCUAAGUCCGCCGUAGAAAUUAAGUCGAAAGCUGAGGCGUCUGAGUCGAAAGAGGACAAUUUCACAGACAGCGAUACCAGCAUCGAACUUUUCAAUCUUCCCUUGAGCAAAAGACUUACGGAAGAGUUCAUUCGGACAGAACGAAUGUUCAAUCCGGACGAAGACAAUUCGUUGGCCAGAAUCGUGAACGACGGCACCAUCGUUAAAAGUCCUACACUCGAAGAAGUAGAAUUACAGUUUAAGAAAGAAUCCUCGUUACCUGGUGAUUUUAACAACGACAACUUAGCCACGGGCGAGGAGAUUUCGGACGAAGAUGAAAAAGUACAGAAUAAAGAUAUUGGGAAAGCUUUGAAGCAGUUCGAAACUUAUUCGCAAAAGUUACCGGUCUCCUCGGACUCUUCUAAGCACGAGUUGGUUCGUUUUAAAAAUUGGAAAGAAAAUAACUUGACGAACAACGAGGCGGUUUUGUAUGCCGGUAAGAAACCCGUUAAUGAAGAAUUAAUGACGAAAAUUAAUAUCAAAAGGGGGUGUCCUUCGUGCGAAGACAAUUGCAAUCGUCACGAGUCCUGCAAGAAGAAGUCUUUUUCCACAAAACGAUCGUCCACACCGAUACCUUUGCAGAGCUAUACUUCAACCGUAACGGAGGGUAACGGUUCCGAUUCGAUAACGAUUAACGACGAGGAAGAGCCGAACUCGAUGUCUUAUACGCACAAAUCGAUGACGAAAGACGGGGAAAGUAGAAGUGGAAACUCUUCGGUAAAUUCGAAAUCGUCGACGAAACGGGUAAUCGAGGUUCCCGUUAAUCAGAGAAUCGAUCGAGAGAACGACGAGGACGAGGACGAGUACGAAUUCGGUUCCGGUGUUAUUAUAAACAAUAAGAAUUUGUUCGAUCGCGAGGAUCGUCGUAACAUUAACAAUAUCAGUAUUUCCAGUGGUGAGAACAGUGAAGACAGCGGUUUGGUCGGUGAGUCGAUGGAUUACAAUCCGCAGGAGUACGAUAAUCGUCCGCCGCUCCCAAACACACCGAUGCCGCAGAAAAUGACUUACAUUACGGAGAUUAAACUCCCGGCUAACAGAGGAAAAUUUCAGGACGAUAACGAGAACAACGAAUCGCUUUCCAUAAUGGGAAGUACGGAGAAGAAAUUGGUGCAAAACGAAGUCAAAACGACCUCAAAUGGUAAAACAGCUUCUAAUAAGAAGCCCCCCGUCCCGCCUAGAAGAACGGACAUUACGAAAUCUAGUAAAAAAGGAAACACCGAGAAACAAGUUAUUUAUGUGUCAGAAUAUAAAUCGAACGAGUCGAAAGAACCAGACGGUUCAGACGUGAGCCCGGAAAUCAAACAAUCGGACAACUGGUCAGCAGAAACAUGAUCCAUACGUGGUAUAUAUUUAAGGG